AUGGACCGACACGAUAAAACGUCAUUGAACGCGCUGGCGCCGCCUGACCCUAGAACUGAAAGUUCAUUAGCAGCCACUCUAAGGACACUUCUCUUCUUUACAAUUUUAAUGAUUAUCCUGCCCAUUGGACUGUAUUUCUCAUCCAAGGUAUAUGUAUUUGAAGGUGCCCUUGGAAUGUCCAACGUGGACAGCUAUUUUUAUGCUGCUAUAGUUGCUGUGGUUGCUGUUCACUUUGUGCUUGCCCUUUUUGUCUACGUUGCAUGGAAUGAAGGCUCGCGGCAGUGGCGUGAAGGCAAGCAGGACUAAAGUCAGAUGUCACGAAAGGGAACAUUUUGCAGGUGGAGCGCAGCCUCAAAGGGUACAUUGUCAUGAUGCGUAGAGGUUAAGGCCUCUGAAUUCCAAAAGUCUCCCUUUUUGAGCGGUACAAGAUUUGCUGCUUUGUCUAACCAUAGCUGUGCA